CGUCUCUCGUUCCCCGUCUGGCGAGAAUCGGCGCGUCGUCGCGUCCCGUCGUGUCCCGGUCGUUCCCCCAGGGCGAGAGGAGCCCGUGGAGUGUCUCGUGUGCGCCGGUGAACGUCGUCGUGCCGUCGGCGGUCCGUCGGAGUGCUCGCGCGCGUCCACUCGCCGCGUCGAGUCGGUGCGCGGUCCGCGAGGGAGAGAGAGAGAGACAGACAGAGAGAGGGUCGAGAAAGAGUCCGGCGGCGCGGAUCUGAGCGAGGCCGCGUCCGUCCGGGCGAGGGCCGAGGUGUCCCGGUCGCUGUCAAGGGGCUCGCGCGUCCGCGGCUGCCAUUGCGAGGCCGCUGACUCUUACGCGUCCGCUCCCGAGGGCUGGGAGCGCCUUCUGCCGCGUUUCAUUGUCCGUGGACGUCGGCGCGGCGCUGGCCGCUCGGCGGCGCGUCAUGCUGCUUCUCGGGACGUGAGCGCGCCGACCCGACGACGCCGCAUCGCCCCCGGAGAGGCCCGUCCACCCGCCCGCGGCACCCGACGAGGAGGUUAGAGGACGCUCGGCUCCCGUCGACCGCGAGUCUCAGGACGACGGAUGAAGUGGCUCGGCGCGGCCAGUGCCGGCAGCGGCGCCGCCGGCGAGCCGGCUCCCCCCCUGCAGCUGCACCAUCCCUCCGCCAACGGUCACGUCGCCGCGGAGACGGAGCAGUGUGCUCAGGUGAUGGCAGGUGGCGACGGAGUUCGCAUUCAGCCAGGUCAGGCACACCAGAUGAGCGUCGGCAGAGCCCAGGACGACGCCAUGGUCGGCUACGUCUUCCAGAGGCCGACCGAACCGGAGUUCAAUGCCCAAGCCUCGACUUUUCAGACGAAACAGGCCCCGCGAGCAUGGACACUCGCGGACGACGCCAUUAUCGACAACGUGACCAAUAACCACGAAAAAUGGAAGUACCCGAUGACUAAGUUGGGAGUACCCCAACAGAGCCAGCCACAGCAGCUCGGUCUACAAGCCAUGAACAACAUACACCUGCCUUACGAGAUUCACCCGAUGCAACUUAAGAGCGGCGCGCCUGGAGCGGAGCACCUGGUGUACCUGAACAACCAGAUGACGGCUCAGCAGCAGGUUGCUCUUUUCCACCACCAGCAGCAACAGCAGCAGCAGCAACAGCCGCAAUUCAGAAAUGGACAAAUCGCACCCUCGGCGAAGAAAUUAUGGGGCGUCGACGAGGGCGGCUCCAAAGACGACGGAGGCGUUAAGGGCGGCGGGAUACUCCACUUGGACCACCAGAUGUGGCGAGACUCCACCUGGAGCACUUCGGAUCAUGCAGUCUCGCAACCCAUUUCCAUGGGCACCGGAAGGCGAGUCGGGGUCGGCACGGGGUACCAUCACCAAACCUCGGAAGUGGGCGCCGUCCUCAGUCCAAGGAGCAGCGAGACCGGCGGUCUUGGCGUCAAGAUGGUCGAGUACGUCUUGGGAUCGAGUCCCACCACGCCGAAGGACUUGGAGCCGCGCAUGGCCUCCUUGAGAUUGAACACGGACCCGGACAAGAAGGAGAAGGACAAGGGCUCGGCGAGUCCUUUCGACGUGUCGAAGGACGACUCUGGACCUCAGGGUAACGGCCUGACGUCCCAGAACGGCCUCGACGACGAGAAGGGCUUCAACCGCACGCCUGGCAGCCGACAGCCCUCGCCUGGGGAGGAGGAGUUCCAGAAGAACGCGGCGGCCACCCUGACGGUGAGCGCCGGCGCCGGCGGCGUGGUCCUCCUGAAGCCGGGCGUCGACGUCGUCGGGAGCGAGGAGCACUUCAUGGCUGCGUUCGCGCCGGCGCCUCCGCAUCAUCUGCAGCACCACCAGGCGCCGCCGGCCCACCACUUGCAGCACCCCCACUCCCACGCUGCGCAGCUGUUCGGCGCGCAGGGCCCGCCCCCACCCCAGGGCCCGCCGCCCUCCCAGCAGCAGCAACAGCAGCAGCAGCAGCAACAGCAACAGCAGCAGGGCCCGCCGCAGCCCCAAGAGGCCACCACGCCCUUCGACGUCCAG